AUGUCAGGAGGGCUUCGUAAAAUAGUGAUUAGAGGCUUAAUCUCUGACAAAGGAACAUCACAAAGCUUGAAAGAUGACCUGGCUCUACAGAAGCUAUCUCUCCAAUUUUUAUGCUGCACACCAAUCAAUCCUGCCAAGCUAUGCGUGUUGUUACACACUGUCAUUGCUUAUUAUACACAGUUUAACAGGAAGUGGAUCGAUAAAGGGACAUCAGAGAUGUUUUAUAGUAUUUUCCAAUGUAUCGUUGAUAAAUUACAGACGUUAUCAAACAGUGGGACAAGUGUUGAGAGUAUUUCAGUAUACAGGUUUGUCAUAUACAGAGUACAAGCUUUGUUCAUUGAAUAUCUUGUCAGUAUGUCAGAUUUUGAGAAAGCAAGAGAAGUUGUUCAAAAUAUGACAUUAUCUUGUGGAACCACUCCACUGUAUGCUGUAUUAAUAGAUGUAUUGUCAUAUUCUGUCAUUGCCACAGAGGCUGUCAAAACCUCAAAACCGCUAGGUGUCAGCAGUGAAAGUAUUAGAGCUGUAAACAGUGACCUCACAAAGAUGAUACAGACUGAAUCUGUUGAAAAUUUGAAACUUGUGUUUCGAACGUUGGAGUGGUUCUUGCAACCGUUCUCCUCCAAGGUAUAUGAUAUCUUAGAUAUUGGUAUAGUAAAGGUUUUAUUAGACAGUUGUACAGUUGUACAUGCUACAUACGAGAAACUUGAUGCAGCAAAUGUUUGGGAUGAUGAAACAAAAGAUACAAAGAAGAAAUCAAAGGAGGUCAAGAAACAGAGUUGUGAUAUGAAGAAGGACAAGUUGUAUGAUAUGCCCACAAAAAAACAGGAUUAUGUUCAGGGAUGUUGUCAAGUGUACUACAAACAGUUAACAUUGCUCCAAAAAAUAGUAGAUGCUGACUCAGGAGUAGAGCUGUUUAAAGAAUGUGUUGACACAGCUCAAAAGUUCACAAAAUUUUUGGAUGACAACAUUACAUUGCUCACAGAAAAAUCACUUCACUCCAAGAGAUAUAAUAUAGGUUGUGUAUGUAAUAUGAUUGGGGCAGCAUGUAUGCAGGCAAAAUACUACAAUGAGGCGGCCUCUCUUUAUACUACAGUCAUAGAGCAGCUACAUACCUGCGAACAGCCAAACUUGAUUAAGAUGUUUGAGAAGUUGUUGGAGUGUUACAUGCUACAGGAGAAAUGGAUGGAAGCCAUUCAAACUAUAGUACAUGCGUUUACAGCUAUUGAUGAUGGUCUAAAAAAUAUAGCCAUUGUAUGGACAAGGUUGAGAAAAGAGGCGAGCUCAAAAGAUGCAAUAUUCCAGUCUAUGACAUUUAAUUCUGUAAUAAAAAGUUCUGGUGUUGACAUGAAAGGUGUCACCAGUAAACAGUUAUUGCUAGCAGAAUAUCAGGCUUGGAAACAACACUCAAGGAGACAGUUUGAUAUGGAGUAUCCAGUAUUUGUAGAACUAUUAGAAGACACAGAGCAAACACCCAGUGAGAAAGCUGAAGCCAUGGUAGCCCUAGCAUCCAACAUGUGUAUAACUGGUUACAAAUAUAAUAACAUGUCAGCUGGUGAACUUUUAAACAAGGCUAUAAUUGCUUUAGACAAAAAUCUUGCUGGAGUUGAGAGUACACUGGCCGUAGCCUGCUAUACAAAGUAUGCCAUCUUACAUGAGGAGGCAAUUGAGUAUAUGAAAAAUAAGUCUGGAGAUUUAGAAUAUUUUGGGACUGCUGACUUAUCAGCUAACUCGAGGUACACUCUUCAACAGGAACAGGAUAAUCUCCCUUUUCUUGUCCGUGCUAUUGAAAUGUGGGAAAAAAGUUUCUCGCCAAAAGCUCAAAAAUCUGUGAAAAAGGUGUGUAAGAAGGAAACAGUGAUUGAGGAGAAGUUGUUUGGCUUGGAUCAUCAUAUAGAUAAUCUAAUAUUGUGUGGAACCAGACUUAUAGCAAUGAAACAGCCUCAACUAGCAUUAAGAGCCCUCCAA